AUGCAAGACUUCAAGAUUAAAUUGAACGGAUACUCUACUGAAUUCGUGUGUAUGAUGAAACAAAAACAUUUGAAAGAUGGUAGCAUUUCAGAUCCAAAUUCUGAAGCGGAACUUGAUUUUGAAACGGGCGUCGAUGGUUGUCCUCAACUAAAACUACUUAAGGAUAAUGCAAACGGUAGCCUUUCGUAUUUGAAACCGUUCGUCACCGAUGAAAUCAGUGCUUUUGAUACGUAUCCAAUGGUUUUAACCCAGGGUACAUAUAUUAUACCCUUCAGUUUUGAAUUGGAUCCUAUCAAACAUCAUUCGUCUUUCAGAUCUCUUUUUGGUUCCACCACUUACAGAGUAGAAACUUUAUUGAGGGUGAUGCAGCCUUCCAAGGGAAUCAUCAGUGGUAUCCCCACCGAUUCGGGAGAUUCUAAGAAUUACUUUCUUUCGCAAAAAUGUUUCAUCACAAAGACGCUGUCACCUUCGGAUGUUUUGAAAUACGAAUCUGUUAAUUCUCACGGUACGUUUCAAAAUGGACUCAUUGAUUAUGGCUUUUACAUCUCUACAAAAUUGAUCGAAUUCGACUCACCGUUCCAUUGUCAUUUCAAUUGUAUUGGGAAACCCGAUAUUAAGAUCAUCAAAGUCAAUGUUUCUCUGCUGCAAACUUGUAUUCUACCUUGCAUCAAACCGGAUGGCAUCGCUGCUGCGAAGAGAUCGUACUCGAAUACCAAUACGUUUCGCUUGGCAGAGUAUGUCGUACCGCCCGAUGAACAAUCUAAUAUCAUUACUACGAAAUUUGAGGAUCUGAAAAUUGCUACCCGUUCCAGUUGCAAUCUGUUCACCUCGAAAAUAUUGCCUUACUACAAUGAAGUCUCGAGGUUGGAGACAGUUGAUGGCGAAAAAGUAAUGAAAUUGAGCAUUACGCAUCGUUUGAAAAUUGUUGUUACGAUUAAUCCCUCUGGAUCUGACUCAAGCUCAAAGAAUUUCAUUAAUGUUAAUUUCAAAAUUCCAAUAGAGGUCAUUGACAAGAAUAUAAGUUCAAGCCUGUAUUUGCCGGCGUAUAAAUCUCCAUCGCCGGCUAUAUCAGGCAAUGGGCCAUUUACAAUUGAUGAAGACGAAUAUAAUUCUUAUUCCUCACCCAUAUCACUAUCCUCUGCUGAUUCUCCACCAGCUUACUCUGGCUUGUGCCAUUGA